AUGGUCCGUGCAAAACAAACAGGAUUGUUCUCUGUACCGGCUAAAUCACCCUUAUCAAAAGCUAAGUAUAUCGGAAGCGGGUUCUGGGGGAUUACGGGAAUCAACAAUGGUAGGAUAAAUGUGGGUUAUAGACAGUAUUCACCUAAAGGCAAGCCAAUAAUGUGUAGUUUCAGUUCAUCUUCGAAUGGUAAUGGUAGCAUGGCCGGGAAUUCCAACGAGAAUGAUGCUGAUUAUGUGAAUUCCAGCGUGGUUGAAGCUGUCGAGGUGAGGAGCAGCCUGGAUGGUUUCAUGAUCAAGAUGAGAGACGGUAGGCGUUUGAGAUGUGUCCAUAAUAAUCCUCAAGGGGGUCAUCUGCCAGAGUAUGCUCCACAUCCUGCAAUCGUAUUGAAGAUGGAAGAUGGAACAGGCCUUCUUCUCCCUAUAAUUGUUUUGGAGAUGCCAAGUGUGCUGCUCAUGGCAGCUGUUCACAAUGUCCAAAUUGCUAGGCCGACAGUUUAUCAAGUAGUGAAGGAUAUGAUUGAGAAGAUGGGCUACACGGUGAAACUUGUUCGAGUCACCAAGAGGGUACAUGAGGCAUAUUUUGCUGAGUUACAGCUUGUAAAGUUGGACAAUGAAGCAGAUUGUGUCAGCUUUGAUCUGCGACCUUCAGAUGCCAUUAACAUUGCUGUGAGAUGCAAGGUGCCAAUACAAGUCAAUAAAUACUUGGCCUACAGUGAUGGAAUGAGGGUUAUUGAAUCUGCAAAAGUGUCCGUCCAUAGCUCUGUAUCAGAUGGUUCGCUAUUCACUGAGUUGGACAGGCCUUCUGGGCAUCCUUGCAUUGAGACAGAGGAGUUCAAUCUCGUGCGCAACAUGCUAAUUGCUGCAGUUGAGGAACGAUACAAAGAUGCAGCUCUCUUGAGGGACAGGCUUACUCAACUUCGCUCUAAGAGGAAUUGGACAUAG